CCUUAUCUGGCGAUUUCGUAAAUGCUCCGAUUAUAUUGAGUAAUUUUAAGUCGAUUGAGCCCGAGGACGAUCGGACGAAUCGGCGGAAUCUUUAAAAAAAAAACAAUAAAGAGAAACUCCCUCCUCCAAAAACGCAAAAUGUGCGGCGCUCGAUUUUAAUUCCUCUUCCCGAAAACCUUCCAAAAAUUUAUUAUUAUUAUAAUGGAGAGGUGCGAAAGCGAAUUGGACCAGCUCCAGGAGAACUGCGGCCUGUUCGGGUGCGUGGCCAGCGGAGAAUGGCCCACCAAUUUGGAUAUUUCGCACAUCAUCGUUCUCGGUUUGGUCGGAUUGCAACACAGAGGUCAAGAGAGUGCGGGUGUCGCCACUGCCAAAGGAGAUAACACCAAAACCAUAUCCAUAUCCCGCGGCAUGGGAUUGGUCAGCGGCGUGUUUAAGGAAGAAGACAUGGUCAAAUUGAAAGGAAAUUUGGGUUUAGGACACACGAGAUACUCGACGCACGGCGGUUCGGAACACGAGAACGCUCAACCUUUCGUGGUACACACCAAACACGGUCUGUUGGCCGUGGCGCAUAAUGGAGAAUUAGUAAAUGCGCCGUCUCUCAGAAGAAGCAUUUUAGAAAAAGGAGUCGGCCUGUCCACGGGAUCGGACAGCGAACUGCUGACGCAGAUCCUAAGCAUGCCGCCCCCCGAGGGAGAGCCGGACGGUCCCGACUGGCCCGCCAGGAUAAGGCAGGUCAUGACCCUGACGCCCAUAGCCUACUCUCUGCUGAUGAUGUACCAUGACACCAUGUACGCGGUCAGGGAUCCGUACGGCAACAGGCCUCUGUGUCUGGGGGUCUUGGUUCCCCCCGGAGAAUUGGCCAAAAGCAGUACGGAGGAGAUCGACGGUUGGGUGGUUUCUUCGGAAUCCUGUUCUUUUCCUUCCGUUUCCGCAAAACUACUGAGGGAAGUGGAACCGGGAGAAAUCGUGGAAAUCACCAAAUUCGGGCCCCGCUCUUUGGGAAUAGUCGGAAGGCCCGACAACGACUCGCCGGCCUUUUGUAUAUUCGAAUACGUAUAUUUCGCCCGGCCCGACAGUUUUCUGGAAGGUCAAAUGGUGUACAGAGUGCGAGAAGAAUGCGGUAGGCAAUUGGCCAGAGAGGCACCCGUGGAAGCGGACAUGGUCAGCACCAUACCGGAAUCGGCAACACCCGCGGCUCUAGGAUUUUCACACGAGAGCGGAAUUCCCUACGUAGAGGUCCUGUGUAAGAACAGAUACGUGGGUCGUACCUUCAUCCAACCCAGCAAUCGACUGAGGCAGUUGGCGGUGGCCAAGAAAUUCGGACCCCUCAGCGAUAACUUCAGAGGAAAGAGGGUAAUCCUGUGCGACGAUUCGAUAGUCAGGGGCAACACGGUGGGAGCCAUCAUUCGAAUGUUGAAAGAAGCCGGAGCGAAAGAGGUACACAUCAGAAUCGCUUCCCCUCCUCUGCAUUAUCCGUGUUACAUGGGCAUCAACAUCCCCACUAAAGAGGAGCUGAUCGCUAACAAACUGAACGCCGGACAACUAGCCAAGUCGCUGGGUGCCAGCAGCCUGGUCUAUCUUUCGGUAGAAGGCCUGGUGACGGCGGUACAGAGGAAAAUCAAGAAAGACAACGGAAGGCCAAUAGGGCAUUGUACCGCCUGUCUGACCGGAAAGUAUCCCGUCGACCUGGAAUGGUAACGCGCGCCCGAACCGCAUUUCCUUUUGUUACUUACUUAAAAUUGUGAUAUUUAUGAGGAAGUGGGUUCGUCCGUGCGAAAUAAAUACAUUCCUCCUGUACUUCCCUGUACAUUUAAUCUAUCGGAUAAUAUAGAUUGUUAAAGCAAUAAUAUAUUAAUUUACCAGUAAUCUUGUAAAAUAUCUCCAAAUUUCGCUUUGUAUUGUCGUAAAACGGAAAACUGCAUCACGUGAUUACCUGGACGUACUUUCCUCCGUCAUCUCUUUUCCGAGGAGACGAUGCAAUUAAAAAAUCCGAAGAAUAAAAAAAUUGAUUUUUCUAUUAUAACAAAAAUUAGAAUAAACUAACACGAAACGAGUGACAACCAUUA